GGCCACAGAUUGGGCGAAAUCCCGAUGGCGGUUCUUGGACUCUGCGCGGUCCCUUCUCCCCCGAGAGUAUCUUGGGCAGCUUUCAGAGUCAACCAUUCAGAGACUUCAACUUGCAAAUUGCAUCGAAAGAGAAAUGCAGUGGUAAGAGCUGAAGUGAGAUUUGUGAAUGCUGAGGAGGCAAAGAGGCUAGUUGUUGAGGAGGGAUACACUAUUUUGGAUGUUCGAGACACAACCCAAUAUGACAGGGCGCACAUAAAGUCAUGUUACCAUGUUCCUCUUUUUGUGGAGAACAAGGACAAUGACUUGGGGACAAUUCUGAAGCGAACGUUACACAACAAUUUCUCGGGUCUGUUCUAUGGGCUGCCAUUUACUAAACAAAACCCCGACUUCGUUAAAUCAGUAAAAGAGCAGUUCUCAGCUGACAGUAAAUUGUUGCUUGUGUGCCAGGAAGGACUGAGGUCUACUGCAGCUGCUGGGAAGCUAGAGGAAGCAGGCUUCCAGAAUUUAUCAUGUAUUACAUCGGGUCUUCAGUCAGUAAAACCAGGGACUUUUGAUUCAGUUGGUUCCACUGAACUGCAAGAUGCGGGUAAGGCUGGCCUUGUGACUGUUCAAGGAAAGAUCUCUGCUGUUCUUGGUACCGUGCUAGUAUGUGCCUUUCUUUUCAUUACAUUCUUCCCGGAACAAGCUGAAAAGCUACUUCAACUGAGCCCCCCAAGUUAGCUUCACAAUUUUGCUGCCAUCCAAUAUUUGGGGCAAACACUAGUGGAUCUUCAGAGACGAAUAAUGAAGAGCGGAUAUUAAGUCAGACUUUUAUCUAGUCAGAGCUUUAUUCUGAAAUGUAUGCUCCAUUCUGAAAUAGUUGUAAAUUAUCUUUAUUUCUAUUGUUCGAUUUUAACAAUUUGCUGUUCAAGUUUUCUGAUGUUUUCUCUGUAAUACCUACAAAAAUUUGAUCAUCUCUGUAAUUUUCGUUACUGCAAUUGUUUAUCAAAUGCAGACUUCAUUAUUAUUUUGGCAUCAU